AUGUUGGACCAGAUGGCGAAUGAGAUAAAGCUCAUCUCGGGGAGCUCCCACCCGGAGCUGAGUGCCAAAGUCGCCAGCCGGCUAGGCAUCUCCAUCGCCAACACCAUGAGCCUGAACUAUUCGAACCAGGAAACGAGCGUCUCCAUCGGCGAGUCCGUUCGUGACGAGGAUGUCUUCAUCCUUCAGUCGACGGCGCCUGGCGAUGUAAACGACGGCCUCAUGGAGUUGCUCAUCAUGAUCCACGCCUGUCGAACCGCCUCGGCCCGGCGCAUCACCGCCGUCAUCCCCAACUUCCCGUAUGCCCGACAAGACAAGAAGGACAAGUCUCGGGCACCCAUCAGCGCGAAGCUCAUCGCAAACAUGCUGCAAGUGUCUGGCUGCAAUCAUGUCAUCACCAUGGACCUGCACGCUUCGCAGAUCCAAGGGUUUUUCAACGUCCCCGUCGACAACUUGUACGCGGAGCCGUCCGUGUUGCGCUGGAUCCGGGAGAACCUCGAUGUGGAGAACUGCGUCAUCGUCUCGCCCGAUGCCGGCGGCGCAAAGCGUGCCACUUCCAUCGCCGAUCGCCUCAACACCGCCUUUGCUCUCAUUCACAAGGAGCGCCCGCGCCCCAACGUUGUCGGUCGCAUGGUUCUCGUCGGCGACGUGCAGGACAAGGUCGCCAUUCUCGUCGAUGACAUGGCCGACACGUGCGGAACGCUCGUCAAGGCUGCCGAGACGGUGAACCAGCACGGCGCACGCAAGGUCUAUGCCAUCGUUACCCACGGCAUUCUGAGCGGCAAGGCCAUCGAGAACAUCAACCAAUCGUGCCUCUCCGGCUUGGUGGUGACAAAUACUGUUCCUCUCGGCGAUAAAACGGAACGGUGCCCCCAGCUAAAGGUCAUCGACGUCUCCGGCACCCUUGCCGAGGCAAUCCGCCGAACUCACAAUGGCGAGUCUGUGUCAUAUCUCUUCACCAAUGUGCCGGUUUGA